CGUUCCUCACGUGCGCACGCACUGCGACAGCGGCCUCCCGCGUACUAGGCUAACUGCUUGCAGUCAACCGUCGUCUUCAAAUAGUACAGUCCCGCAUUCGCGCUGCUGUAGUCACUGCGCUACUCACUGCCCCUGAUAUGAGUCACGACGGCGACAAACUGAAGCAGCGCCGCCGCUCCGACUAUCCGUACUUCCUGACCUACCGUACGCGCUGGAGCGACAACGACCAGUACGGGCACAUGAACAACUCCGUAUACUACCACCUAUUCGACUCCAUCGUGAACACCUACCUGAUCACGCGCUGUGGGCUGUCCCCGACACACUCACAGCAGAUCGGGCUCGUCGUCUCGUCCUGGUGCCGAUUCUUCGCGCCCGUGUCAUUCCCGACCGUGGUUGACCUCGGCCUACGCGUAACGAGCCUCGGGAACAGCUCCGUGGCAUACGAAGUGGCCGUGUUUGAGGAGGGAAAGGACGCGGCUAGUGCAGUGGGCGGGUACACGCAUGUCUUCGUGGACAGCGAGAGUAGACGAAGCACGCCGAUCGGUUCUGGUAUGCGCGAAGGGUUUGAUAAGCUAGGUGUCAAACGUACAGAAUUUGUCAAUUCAAAGCUAUAACGUUCGAUGUCUGGGAAACUGGGACCUAUAUGACUGGGAGUGUUCCUCCUACUCCGCGCUAUGGUCUGAGCGGAUCUGUCCCCUAGUACUCUGGACAAUCCGUAUGACAACAUUCAACGCGUCAAUGCCCGUGUUCAGGUUCCUUCUUCUCAACUGGAAUAUACAGGUUCGAGACACUAUCUGAACUAUCCUAGGGUCUUCUCGCGCCGGAACGCAUGCAGCUAGUGCCUGAUACCUUCAAUGUGGUGAGCCAACACUCCGACCUCUGAUAAAACCCUACUGAGGCCCUUGAUGUGUC